ACAUCCCUAUCUGCGUGUGUUUGUUGUGUUUUGUCAUCGGUUCGAUAAUGGAAAAUAUUUUUCGUUAUGUUCGUAGUUGUGAAAUUCUUCAAAAACUACAGAUAAAAAUAGGCACAUUAGAAGGUGAACGACAAUCAUGUUCGUACGAAAGACUUCUACAACAACCAUUACUAAAAUUUUCUGGUUUUAAUUCUGAAAAAUUUCCACCGUUGAAAGUUAGCGUUCAAGUGUAUGACGAAGAAAAAUGUCUAGGUCUACCAGUCACUACAUCGUAUAGAAGCUUUUAUAGUAGAUGGAGUUGGCAUGAAUGGUUGACUAUACCCGUUUUAUUCAGCGAUUUAUCCCGGAAUUCUAUGUUGGGUAUAACAAUAUUUGAUUGUGCUGGAAAUCAAGGAGAUGAAACAAUUGUUGGAGGAACAUCAUUAUCAUUAUUUGGUAAUACUGGAAUCUUCAGACAGGGUUUAUAUGACUUGAAAAUAUGGCCGGAAGCUAAAGGCGAUGGGAAGUAUAAAUCGGGAACCCCUGGAAAAUACAAUGAGUUUUGUAAUGAUCAAAUGCAACGACUGUCAAAACUUGCAAAGAAACACAGGAAUGGACACAUAGAAAAGGUCGAUUGGCUGGACCGUCUUACAUUCAGAGAAGUGGAACAUAUAAACGAAAGAGAAAAAAGAAGUUCUCAUUUUCUGUAUUUGAUGGUGGAAUUUUCUGAGAUAUGUAUGGAUGAUAAACCGUGUUCCAUAUUAUAUUAUGAUCCGGAUGGCGAUAACAAAUAUUUUUUUGUUUCGAAACCAAAAUUGGUUACUGUGCCAGAUUCUGAAACACUACAGGAGAAUCUUGUCGAACGUAAACAUCAUCGGCUGUCCCGGUCAGCUAGAUCUGGUCUAUCGGAUCGUGAUGCCAAGCCAACUGCAAGUGUACGUGAUUUAUUACAUUCUAUUGUUUAUCGUUACUCACCAACAUCAACGCUAAGUGGCGAAGAGCAAGAUUUAAUAUGGAAAUAUAGGUUUUAUCUCAGUACUCAAAAAAAAGCAUUGACUAAAUUUUUAAAAUGUAUCAAUUGGGAAACCGGUUCAGAAGUGCGUCAAGCACUCACACUUUUGGCAAAAUGGGCUCCGAUGGAUGUCGAUGAUGCACUCGAACUGCUGAACCCUUCAUUCAAUCAUCAAACUGUUAGACGGUAUGCCAUAUCUCGACUUAAUCAGGCUCCAGACGAAGAUUUACUACUUUAUUUAUUGCAACUAGUUCAAGCAUUGAAAUACGAAAAUUUCGAUGAAAUAAUUAACUCAUAUUCUAAACAUGAAUUAGAAAAAGAUGUACUGGAUUCAAUGGACGAUAAUUUAAAAGAAACUAAUUUUGAAAUUUAUCCAGAUCCUGAAGAAAAAACGAUUUUGUACCAAUCGGAUAGACUUGAUACGACGGUAGACAAUGAAGCAAACAGUUUUUCAGCAUCUAAAGGAAUAAUCAAGGAGGAAAUAUCUGCUUCAUGUAAUUUAGCAACAUUUUUGAUACAACGGGCAUGCAAAAAUGCUACAUUAGCUAAUUACCUAUACUGGUAUUUAUCAAUAGAAUGCGGCGAGGAAUCUGCCAGAAAACAAGAUCAGAAAGUUCGCGAAAUGUAUUUAACAGUUUUGAAAAUGUUUUUAAGACAGCUUUCAUUGGGGAAUGCAAAGUUGAAAAUAGUGUAUCAUAAUCUAAAUGAGCAGCAGAAAUUCAUAGACAAUUUAGUAAAACUAAUUAAAAUCGUGGCGAAAGAGCCAGGUAAUCGAAAAAGAAAGACUGAGAAAUUUCAAUUUCUUCUAUCGGAUGCAGACACUUUAAAAAUAAAUUUUACCAAGUUUGAACCGCUACCCUUCCCAUUGGAUCCUGAUGUUUUUAUCCGUGGAAUCAUUCCAGAAAAAGUUACUUUAUUCAAAAGUGCGCUUAUGCCUUCAAAGUUGACAUUUUUGACAACAGACACAACUGAAUACGUUGCUAUUUUCAAACAUGGAGACGAUUUGAGACAAGAUCAAUUAAUCUUGCAAAUGAUAACAUUGAUGGAUAAACUUCUGCAAAAAGAAAACUUAGACUUAAAACUCACGCCAUAUCGUGUUUUAGCAACCAGUUCGAAGCAUGGAUUUAUGCAAUAUAUAGAAUCAAUAACGGUUGCUGAAGUACUAAAUUCUGAAGGAAGCAUCCUUAACUUUUUUCGGAAACAUCACCUGUGUGAGACAGGUCCUUAUGGUAUCGUUGCUGAUGUUAUGGACACAUAUAUAAAAAGCUGCGCUGGAUAUUGUGUAAUAACUUAUUUGUUAGGUGUAGGAGAUCGUCAUUUCGACAAUCUGCUUUUGACAGAUACUGGAAAGCUAUUCCAUAUAGAUUUUGGUUACAUACUAGGUCGCGACCCAAAACCGAUGCCUCCUCCAAUGAAACUGAGUAAGGAAAUGGUUGAAGCGAUGGGUGGUAUAUAUUCUGAACACUACCAUGAAUUCAGAAAACUUUGCUACACGGCUUUUCUACAUCUCAGGCGCCAUGCAAACGUGAUGCUUAAUUUAUUCGGUUUGAUGGUAGAUGCAUCGAUUCCAGAUAUUGCACUAGAGCCAGAUAAGGCUGUCAAGAAAGUAGAAGAUAAUUUACGUUUAGAUCUUUCUGACGAGGAAGCUGUGCAGCAUUUGCAAAAUCUACUGGACUUAUCAAUAACUGCGGUUAUGCCAGCAUUGGUAGAGCAAAUUCAUAAAUUAACUCAAUAUUGGAGAAAAUGAAAUUAUAUUUGGAGUUACCAUAGAAUGAUGAUUCUAAAGUGUGGUCAUUAAACACAAAAAUACAACUUCAAAUUCAAUACAAAAAUAUUCAUAUUGUCUUCAACUAACUGCAUCGGUCGUUUCGUAAUAUCUAAAAACAAUACCCAUUUCAUGAAAUUGAAUGACUCCCCUACAGUCAUGAUAUCAACAAUAAAGACCGGAUGAUUUCACCACGAAAGGAUUUAAAUUUAUUAAAACAUAUUCCUCUCAUUACUUAAAUAUCAUAUUAGGUAAUUCGUCAUUAAUUAUGAAAUCUAUAUUAUUAUUUGAACCAAAUGAUUAACUUCUAUAAAUUAUAAGAUAAGCUGUUGUUUUCAGACAUUUUGUUGAUAAUUUCAUAAACUAUUUAGAGCUUGUUUGUAUCAUUACAUAAUUUCUUUUCUAAUUUAGCUAUAGGUUGAACUCAUGGACGGAGCUGGAAUCAGAACUAAGUCUUAAAAGGGUCAUUUAUUUAAUUGAAACUCCAAUUGUCUUUAUGAAAUGAUAAAGAAGUUUCAUGUAUGGAAGGUCACGACAAGCAAGAAUGUCUCGAACUGGGAUAUUGGAUAGUCUACCUUGGGUACGCAAAGAAAAGUAUGUCUAUUGUACGGCAUAUUUGUCGCAUAACCUGUUUUUGCUGAGCAAUGCUUCAUAUUAUAAGCAAAGCAAAGUCUUGGUAUUACAUUUCUUUUGUGGAAUUUGGCCUUUCUGUUUCAACAGACCAACAGACCGAUUCUUAGCGUACAGAAUCAUCAUUGUAUGGCUACUGACACUAUGAAUUCUUCCAGGUCGGGGUUCGAACAUAUGACAAUUGACUUGUAAAACCAGCGCCGUAUGCAUUGAACCGCCAACCCGGGUCAUAUUAUACAUAUUUAAUAUGGGGUGGAAAUAGGCAAUUUUUUGAUUCACAUUAAAUAAAAAUAGUCAGUAUUAUCUUUUCAUAUCACACAUUUAUUGUAGAUAUUAUUAUGGAUGAUUGAAUCAUUUUUGAUAAGAUUAUAUUGGUUUUACUUAAAAUUUAAAAAGGUCUUCAAUUUCAUUUCCCACAAUUUGAAACAUAAUCGCAAUUUUAGUUUUGUUACCCAAUACAAUUUACUGUUUUGAUAACCAAAGAAUUUACGGUGUUCGGUUUUUGAUUCACAAUUUCCACCUCUGUGUCAUAUAAAUUCCAGCGGACAGGGCCGGCGAAAGAUGUGGGUACGAUGGGUAAUACUACCCACCCGAAAAUUCCAAAGGUGGGUAAUUACCCAUCUGAAAUUUCGAUCGAUAAACAAUGGUUAGAUUAGUAUUAUUCAUAAUUAGAAUAUUCGUAACGCAGAAUAAUAAAGCAAGGAUGUGAAAAUAUACAACAGAGAGGUGAGACGUGACAAGGGUCACUUGAGCAAGCAGAGUUUUUUUAGUAACUUAACUUUUACCUUGUACCAUAGGAGUAGAGCUUAAGCAACUCAUCAAUGGAAAUCACUCGAGUCUGUGGUAUGCCGGAAAGUACCGAUAAAGGUCUUUUGCCAUUUACAAUCCGAACCGGUAAAGUUACCAGAAGCUGGCACUUGCUCCUCUUCCGGGAGAAAAUAAAGGUUAAGUUACUUAAAAAUGUCUGGUUGCUCAAAUGAACCUUCACAUCUCACCUUUCCGUUCUAUAUCUUCACAAAAAUAAAAAAAAAUUUCGUUUUUGUCUUUCUAUACUGGUUUUUGUUUUCUAUAUUGGGGUACAAAUCCAUAAUACAGAAAAUAAGACCGUAAAAACAGCGGUCAGGUUUUGAACAUCUACAUCUUUGAUUGAUAUUCUAUAUUAUAUAACAUAUUUUAGAUAAUUGAUGAUCGAACUAUUGUUAUGAUUUUAUCCAACAAAUACGAUAGUUUCGUAUACAUAAGUCCGCGGUUUCUAUAGGAGUUCUGCUCUUGAAUGAGUGCGUUCUCAUUUAAGGGGCGGGUAGGGUAUAACACUUUUGAAAAAUCAUUUAUUUUUUUCUUUCCAUUUUCUGAUAGUUAAACAUUUCAAGAAUAUUCUGUGAAAUUUUGAAGCCUAUCAGAACAAAACUCAGCAAGUUAUGGGCCUUUAUUUUUGCCGAUCUCAUACUACGAAGAAUUAAGAGCUGCGCGAACAGGCCCAAGAUUUCUGCUUCGAUUGACUUAAAAACUUGAUAAAACAUUCUCGAAAUGUUUCAUUAUAAGAAAAUACGAAAGAAAAAAUAUGGCCUAUUGAGAAUGUUAGAACCUACGUGCUCCCUUGAAAAUAAAUUGUUUUCUUCGAUUUUAUACACAAUAAACUUUAAACACGUUUUUCUCGAAAGCAAGUUUUGAAAGUCCGUGUCCAUCGUCAUUCAAAAAUUACUGCACCAAAAUUUUUUCAAAUUUUGCACACACUUUCUACAUAUAAAAAAUAAGACCCCAACGUUUUCCUUUUCGUUGUUUGGUACUAUGGGGAGGUUUUACAGCUACAAAAUUGCCGAUUUUUUCGUGAAAAAUCGUACUUUUGCAUUUAAACAACCACCAAAAAUUUAAAAAAAAUCAAACCGAAACGUUGGGGUCUAGAAAAAAUUUUGCUUUAACUAUGCUGCUUUGAUUUGUUCACUUCCUAUUAGUCUGCGCUGAGAUACAGUGGACACCGCAAAUCAUGAUUUUUAAGAAGCGUCCUCAAAAAUGCCUCUUCACCGACUUAUAACAUAAUAUUUUUCCACGAAAAAAAUACAAAAUGUUGUUCGAGUGAUGCUUUUUAUUAUACAAAAUUUUGAAUUUAUUUUGUUGAAUGAUAGUUUUGAAAAAAAAUUCGCAAAAAUGAUGAUUUUUUUCAUCAUUUAUACUCGACCCCCCUCCUUAAGAAAAUCGCUCAUACAAAACAACAUUCAGCUCGGUUCUUGAGAAUAUGUUGGGUGAAAAAACAGUUCGGAGCCCAAUUCUGUAAAUUUGGCAAUCGUUCUCAAUGAUUUGUGGCACGGUGCAUUGUGAGAUGUUUUUUUUUUCAUUCUCACUCGGUCAUUUUUUCGAUUUCGCACUUCAAACGCAUCAAUAACUCAAUGUAAUAAUCACUUUUGAUGGCACUUUCCGUUUCAAAAUAGUCGAUAUUUAAUGUACCUCGAGCAUCUAAACAUUGACGCCAUGAUUGUUCCAGCUACCAGUUGCGUUUUUGCACGGUUUUUCACGUUUAAAUGUUGAUAUGACUCCGAAGGAAAAGGUAGAUCCAUGUUUUGUCCACUGUUUCAUACCAACGCAAGAAAUCCUUUUUUUUUGGGACUAAACUGUGCCGCUCUUUGGAUAGUUGAUGCGUUGUUGCUUUUGUUCGAUUGUGUGCGAACGAGGCACCCAUUUGGUAAAGACCUUUUUCAUGCCCAGAUUUUUACGUACAAGGGUCACUUGAGCAAGCAGAAAUCUUUUAGUAACACAUUGUAAAAGCACUUUCAGUUGAUAUGCUAACCAUCUCGGCAAAUCUUAUAUCACGAACUUUGAUUUUGCGUUCAUCCAUCACGAUUGUCAAAACUUGCCUAAUUUUUUUCCGGAUGACUACCUCAUUCGGCCACGUUUAAAUAAGAAUACCACAAAUAUUUGUUUUAUAAUUCGAGUACGGAGCACACUUCUUAAACUUGCUGGGUUUGCGCGGUUUUAUCCCCUUAAAAAGCAAUAUUUUAUCAAUAAACGGAAAUCGUUAUUUUCAUUUUUUCAUGAAUGGAUAAGUAACGUCACUUAUAUCCCGGUAGACUUAGCUUUUGUAGUCCGCCGAUUGGCGUGAAAGUUCAACACCUGCCAUCUUAAGUUUGGUACUUUUUAAAAAUGAGGUUAGUUUUUGACUAAAGUGGUAUGCACAUCAGCGCUUGGACCGGUUGUGGAUUUAGUUUGUGCGCCGCCCAAUUCGCACGAGAUACAUUUUAAUCGAAACUCGGCAGUUUCUUCAUUUUCGAGGGUAUUGCAGGAUGACCUCAAUCAUGGACUGCUGGAUGAACGAGCUCAUCACCUUCCAUCAUCCACCCCAACAAAGUAAACGGUCAGGGUAACCAAAAUUCUUAAAAAGUUAAUUGCGAAAAUUCACAGACACAAAUAAGUUUAUACGGAACAUAAAAGACUGCUACCUCAAUGUUCAAAACAAAUUUUGGCAGUAAUUUUGACACUAAUUAAGAAGUCCUACGUCAACAAUUCGAACAACCCCAUAGUAGUUUUAUGUCGUAUUUAACUACAAGGGCAAGUCUAGCUAUGGAACGUGAACAUCCCAUUAAAAACGCAAAUGAACUAUUCGUAUAGGCUAGAAAGAAAAAGGAGGAACAACUAAUACGAACUUUUUUUCCUAGGCAACUACAUUAGAAUACCAAGCAACAUCUUAAUGAACAAUAUUCAAAAGCAAUUACUAUUCAAGGAACACAAACCAUUCAUUCAUUCCAGUUUCUGUAGAUAAAAUAGAUAUUAGACUAGAUUAGAUUUUUAAAUUGUAAUGUUAGUAUAAAAAUUGUAGAUGUUAUUAAACAAUACGAAAUCUUUAAUAAAUGCGACUCCCGAAUAUUGUGUACGAA